GGCGCAAGCUGAUGAGCGCGAGGCUCGACGUAAACGAAAUCGAUUUUCCAACAAAUCGCGAACAGCCGUGUCUAUCUCCUCUCGUCAUGGACGCAAUUUGAAAAUUUCACCUCUGAGAGACUCCGUCAGUAUUUUCUUCAUCUUUCAAGGACGAUCAAGUUCCAGGACUACAAAUGACUCGACGACGGCACAAAUCAUUAGCCCCAGAAAACCGAAGCUAGAGGUUCGCGCGCCCGGAUAAUUCGGUUAGUUAUAGGAUCAAUUAGUCGCAGGAAGCGCAUGCUGAUAAGAUAGGCCGAGAGAAUUCGGGUCUGUGGCCUGUCGCGCAGGAAGCCCGAUACUUACCUCUUCUGUGAAUGAGGAGCUGCAGGAAAAGCGAAAAAAAUGGACGAGAACACCGCGACCGAGGAGCUGCAGCGCAGCAUGAGCGAGCUCGACAUUUCCGAGGACAACGACAGUCCAUCUGGCGAGAGGUGGGAUCCCGUCGGGGCUAACAACGGGGAUGAUGAUGAUUUCGCUCUCGAGUAUAAACAUCAGCACAGCAUGGAGAGUCAUUGCAGUGAAAUGGAAAAACUCAGGAUGUUGGAAGAGGAGCAAGAAAUGCUCAACUCAUCUCUCAUAGCAUUGACAACUCAUUUUGCACAGGUACAAUUUCGAUUAAAACAAAUUUGUGAUGCUCCGACAGAUAAGAAAGAAGAAUUAUUAAAAGAACUGGAGGAGUUUGCAUUUAGAGGUAUCCCUGAUAUUCAAAGCAAUCUUAUUUUCAAUACAAGGUCAUCAUCCCCAUCAAGUCCUAGUCAUAGACAUGAUUCCAUUCAAUUCGAGGAUAAAGAAGCAGAUUUGAAAAUGGAAAUGCAAAGAAAUAAACAAAAAGAGUUAAUAUGCCAAUUGAAAUCUCAAUUAGAAGACUUAGAAAAGUAUGCUUAUGAAACUGGCGCUGCAGACUUACCUCAAAGCAUUGUUUUAGAAAGACAGAAUUUGAUAAUAAAUCAUUUAAAAGAGAAAUUAAAUUUUAAUGUAGAAGAUUUUUCUAAACUCUCAGCAGAUGAUCUGAGGUGGCAAGUAGAUUUUGCUAUUAACCAGAUUGUUAGUCCACUGAAGAUGAAAGAGCAGCUCAUAACUCAAUUAAAAACUCAAAUCACUGACUUAGAAAGGUUUAUAAAUUAUCUCCAAGGUGAAGUCAGUACUGAAACUUUAGCCUGCACUUGUGCUUGUCCAGUUCAUACAAAUGGACCAACUCAAAAUUACAAUGCAAAAAAAUCAUUCCAAAAAGCUUCCAUGAGUGAAAAUACUACUAGUUUAAGCACAGUUAGAAAAGUCGUAGCUCUACUGCAUAUGUAUAUAAUGUCGCAAAUGGGUUGUGGCAGUCAAAGAUCUCACAGGAUUAAGAAAAAAGAUACAUUAUACGGAUGGCGCGAUCUCAGAACUCGUUUAGAUAUUGCAGUGGAACAUGUACUUGAGACUAUUGCAGAAAGUGAAUAUUGUAGCAGUAGAGGCAAUAUGCUUGAAGAUAUUUCAUAUAACUCGGACUCGGAUUCUGCGGCGAAUCAGUACGAUGCUAAAGUAACGUUAGCCGUCAGGAAACAUCUAGCAAUCUGUAUUCGAGACUUGAUGCAACAUGGUACUACAACUGAUGCUACUGUAAAUAGCGUUGUUCCUUUCGUCGGUUGCUUUGCCCAGCGUACUUACAGCCCUAGCAAUUUCAUGCAUGUUUGGGAAAUUAUACUAAAGUAUUACGAGAUAAAAAACGGUCAUCGCUAUAAUUCUAGUCCAGCUCAGAAACUAUCCCAGAGCUUUAAUUUAGAUCUGAAUGGAGGACAAAUGGCUUCUUCAAAACAGAACCUUCUAAUCACCAUUGGAAAUAUCAUAACUAUGCAUACACCUUACAAGAGAAGCUUUGAUUCUAAUUUCAAAGCUUUUAUAUGUGCUGCUUUAAAUGCAAAUAAGUUGGUUACAUGGCUAAAACUUAUACUCCAGUGCCAGUAUUUGUUGGAAAACUAUUAUAUGCCUUGGAGUUAUGUUAUCAAGACUGGCUUUCAGGAUGCCUUCCAUACUUUGGAUAAAUUAACUAAACAUAAAUUUGAUUUACCAAUAGAUUUGGCAAUUCAACAGUUCCAAAAUAUCAAGGAAGCAUUUUAACUGAUGGAUCCUUAUAUUUUUAUUUAUUUGCCUAGUUGCGAGGACUCUUAAUGAAUUUUGCUAAAAAUGCUUAAAUUUGUAUGAGACAAAAAUUAUAAAAUACGAAAUUCAUCAAGACUUAAACAGCUGAAUAGAUAUUCAAAAAUUAAAUUCGAUUCUAGUUCUUUUAAGGAUAAUUUUUUAUUUGAUAUUUCAUUAUGGCAGUAUUAUUUACAUACAUUGGAUCAAAAUGUAUUAAUGUAACAUUUUAUCCCAAGAAUCUCUUAUUUUUAGUUGUAUUUAACGUACAAAAUACUAUCCAAAUUUUUUUUGUACAAACUUAGUUAAUGUAUUAUCAAAGUUUUUAUGUAGCCUCUUUUUUUCAUUGAUUUAGUGUUACAUAUGUUACGUAUUUUAUAUUCUACCUAAUUGUUAUAAAAAUAAAUGACUAUUAUACACGCAA